AUUGCUUAUAGAUCUCUCCCACCAUUCCUCUGCGCUGCGGUUUCACAGCCCUACAACCCCAACGCCACCCUCUUCUCUAUAAAUACCCCAAACCCUAACCGCAUUUUCUCAAGGGCAAUACGACGAACACCAUUAUCUGCUCUCUCUCUCUCUCUCUACUUCCACUCAUCUGCACCACACAAUUCGUAUCUUUAUAGUUUGUAAUUUUGGUCCUCUUUCUACCACCCUCUGUAUUCUCACAACCCCACUUUGAUUUCCUUCUCUGUCUUGUGUCUUUCUUUUUCAUACUUCUCUUCGCACAUGUCAUUAACAUUUGGUCCUUGUUUCUGGACAAUGUUAUAACCAUCCAUUUCCUUAUCCUCGCGUAAUUCUGUAAGCCCAAAGGGUUUCGUUAUUUUAUUCUCUGUUUUAUAAGAGCUUAUAUUCGUAGCCAUGGCAGUAGCUUACCCGCAUUUCUUGGUCUCCGAGAAUCACGCGACGGUUGAGCCACCGAAGCUCAUGGGAUCAUCCGCCGCGUCUGCCUCGUGCACAUCUGUCAACUUAACUCAGGAUGAUUUGAAAAAGAUAGCGGCCUAUAAAGCCGUGGAGCGCGUCGAAUCCGGCAUGGUUGUGGGACUCGGCACGGGCUCCACAGCCAAACACGCCGUGGACCGCAUUGCGCAGCUUUUACAACAGGGCAAACUCAAAGAUAUCGUGGGCAUACCCACUUCGAAGAAAACCCACGAGCAGGCCGUCUCGUUGGGUAUUCCUUUGUCGGAUCUCGAUUCACAUCCUGUUAUUGAUUUAGCAAUUGACGGGGCGGAUGAGGUAGACCCGGACCUGAAUUUGGUUAAAGGGCGAGGCGGGUCGUUGUUGAGGGAGAAAAUGGUGGAAUCAGCGAGCAAGAAAUUCAUCGUCAUAGUCGACGAAUCGAAAUUGGUGAACCAUAUUGGCGGUAGCGGGUUAGCUAUGCCGGUGGAGGUUAUUCCGUUCUGCUGGAAGCAUUCUUUGGACAGGCUUGUGAGUUUGUUUGCUGACGCGGGCUGCGAGGGGAAGCUCAGGAAAUGCGCCGACACAGGAAAAGUUUACGUCACUGAUAACGGCAACUAUAUAAUCGACCUGUAUUUUGAUAGGGAAAUUGGCGAUCUUAAUGUAGCCAGUGAUACGAUUUUGAGGCUUCCUGGGAUUGUUGAGCAUGGGAUGUUCAUUGGGUUGGCCACCUCUGUGAUCGUUGCCGGCGUCGAUGGCAUCACCGUGAAGACUAAAGUUGGGAGUGAACUGGAGGUGGAUUCCUUCUGUUACAAUGAUUUGAGGAAUGGGUUUUAGCUUGAUUUUGAGGUUCUUGGAUUGAUACAAGUCUUAUCAAUUCAUGGGAUUGAUCACUGAAGGAAUUGUCUUAAUUUCGCCAUUGUUGUAAUGUCUGCGGUUGAAUAAAACUAGUCUGGGACUUACUCAGUUAUCUUUUUUUAGUUGUCUUGCUAUACAAAUAGGAGUUUCUCGCAUUCUUGGCUUUGCUGUGAAAGGGUAUGACGUUUUAGUUCCUCUGUGUUUUGGUUGGUUUGUUUCUUACUAUUAUUGCUACACAAAGCCAAACAUUUGUCUUGUAAUGAGCUCUGUUUUGAGUUUACCAAAAUUUCAAUUUAUCAAGGUGGAGAUUGUUGUCUU